UGGAGGUAUCAACCACCUCGACCACCACAUCAACACUCCACCAACCUCUCUCAUCGACAUCUAUUCCUGCCUCCAUUCCCAUCAGAAUAGGCAUAUACACUCACACACAUAGCGCAAACAUGGAAGAUCUGCCAGGCGCCGACUCUCCUCCCAUCAACUAUGUCGGCCACGAACCUGCUGGCAACGACGACCCUCAAGACCCCCUUCGCCCCGAGAUUGAAGAAGAAGACUCUGCGCGCACUCCUCCCAUCGCCGACCCUCACCAAGACACCGAGCUCGCCGAAGACGACCAGAACCCUGAACUCUCAAUCCCCGAAGCCGCCAACAACGAUGACAACGACGCCGAUUCCGACGACAAUCUGAGUGAUGUUGACGAAGCUCAAUUCCAAGAUUUUGAUCCAAAUGCCAUUGCUAUUGAAGAGCGACCCAGAGUUGUCGAUGCCAGCGGUGUAGCUCUGCUUGGAAAGCAUAAGCGCAAGCGUGAUGAUGCUGAUGGAGAGGGCAAGAAGAAGCGCAGAGAGGGUCGUCGUGAGAAGCCAAAGCGCAGCAAGCGUGGCGAGGAUGGUGCAGACUUUGAUGAUGGAGACGACGCUGAAGGUCGUAGGAGAAAGACAAAGGCUCCUGGAGAGAAGCGCAAGAAGAGAACACCCAGCCCCGAGGAUGAUUCAAACCUGACCCCAGAAGAGAGGCGCAAGAAGGAGUUCUCUCGCAAGCUGGAUGAGGCGCUCAAGAAGCCAAAGACAAACAACAGACGCAAGGCUGGCAUCGAUCUGGAGCAGAUGGCCGAUACUGAGCUUGAAGAGAUGCGUCGUCGUAUGGCCGAGGCCGCCCAGGCCGACACACAAGCGCGCGACGAAGGAAAGCCUGCUAUGCACAAGCUUAAACUCCUCCCUGAGGUUGUCGCAAUGCUGAACCGCAAUACCCUGCAAAACGCCCUCGUCGACCCGGACAUCAACCUCCUCGAGUCUGUCCGCUUCUUCCUCGAGCCUCUCAACGACGGCUCCCUCCCUGCCUACAACAUUCAACGCGAGCUUUUUGCUUGUUUGGCAAAACUUCCUGUCUCCAAGGACGCACUCGUCGCCUCCGGCAUUGGCAAAGUAACCCAUUUCUACACUCGCAGCACAAAGGCCGAACCCUCUAUCAGACGUCAAGCCGAGAAGCUCGUGGGUGAAUGGACCCGACCCAUCCUCAAGCGCACCGAUGACUUCCGCAAGCGCGAGUUUGUCGAGGCGACUUACGACCCCAGUCAACUUCCCAUGCGCAGCACACAAACUGCUGAUAAAGCCAACCGCGCUGCUGCUGCCAGAAAGGCUGCGUUGGCUUACCCUACCGUCACCAAUCGUGCCAGAGUCGAGGGUGGUCUGGGUACUUACACCAUUGUGCCCAAGAGCGAUCUCUCCAGAGCCCAACCUGGUGUUCGUCGUUUGGGUGCCGCUGGUGACGAUCUUGCUCGUAAGCUGCAGGCACGCUCAAAGAACCAGAGAAGAUGAGAGGUUUUGUUUCAGAGGCGGCGACUAUGGGAAAGGCAUUUGGGGGCAAUGAUAUCAAAAAUUGGGCUUGCCAGGCGUUUUCUUUUCAUCACUUAUCUUUCUUGCCAGUGGCUUUAGGGCCAUAAUUCGAACUAUCACGAUCGAUGUUCUUUCCUCGUCUUUUGCAUGUGCUUGAAAGCACGUGCAGUCAUUCAUCCAUCCUAUGCAUGUUCUCUAUGUUUGUCGUUUGUGAAGGUCCGCUGUUGAAUGUUGCGAUUCGUGACACCAUGGUCAAUUUCUUGACCUUGUGGUUCCCCGAAGCUCAGACCUACCUCCUAGGCUCUUAAUCGAUAUGAGGUCG